CGAGUACGAAAGCCCAGAGGCUGCCGCGUUGAGUCAAUCUGCCCCUGCUCCUGUCGAGCUAACAAAGCCGAGCGUGGUGCCUGAGGUUGCAGCUUUACAGGAUGCACAGGAGGCUAAGUCAGACGAUCCGUUCGAGAGCGCUUGGGGUAAGGCGUUGGCGAAAGAGGAUGGGAAGCAGUUCUAGGGGAUUGUAUGAUAGGUGCAUGUGGGAGUGGCCGUCGCGACGUAGGAUUCUUGAGAUACCCGUAAUUUGAACCUGUAACACUAUAUUUCCUCGCUUCUUAUUUCACAUGAGAUUGUGUAUAUCCCAAUUCCGAUUACAAGCGUUGUGCCUUCCGGCCUCGGAUUGUUGAGUCGUGACGUCAGAGCCAUAGUGGGACCUGUGAACACCUCUCAAGGGCAUGUACCUUUGACUACCCCUGCCCGUUCCCCUGAACCACCAAUACAGAAGAACAGCCAAAGUACUGGAGCAUCACCGGUACUCACAAUGGCAGACCAGCAAAACGUCAAUCAAGGCAAGGACGCCUACGUAACCCUCCUCACACGACCCAGUUACCUAGCCGGCGCAAUUCUCCUCGCCUACACCCUACACAAACACUCACCCUCCACGCCCCUCAUAAUAACCUACACCCCGGAAACCCUCCCAGAAACCUGCAUCAACGCUUUCAAAGCUGAAGCCGCGCAUUCGAAUAUAAUCCUGCACCCUGUGGAACACUUGCGCCUGCCUGAAGAUGGAACCGAACACGGCAUGGUCGCCGAGCGCUUCAUCGAUACGUGGACGAAACUGCGGGUUUUUGAUCUCUGGGAUAUGCCUGGCCACAAAUUCGAACGGAUAUGCUGGCUCGACGCCGACAUGAUGAUCUUCUCCAACCCCUCACCCUUGGUCUUCAACGAAGAAAACGACGCGUAUCUCAAGGGGGGUGAUGGGAUGAGGACGAUGGCUGUACAUACCUGUGUCUGCAACCUAGACCACGACUCCUGGGCCCCCGCGGAAUGGAACCCGGAGAACUGCGCUAUUGCGAAACUCGCCGCACCGGAUCAGUUGGCAGAGGUUAAGUCAGAACCAUAUACGCUUUCGAAUUUCAACUCGGGGACUUUUCUGUACCGGCCUAGUCAACAGUUGUCUUCUUUCGUACUGAACAAGUUCGAGGAGUUGGGCAAUGCAAAGUUACGCGCCAUGAAAUUCCCAGACCAAGAUUUCCUCAACGAAGCCUUCGACGGGCGGUGGAGCAGUCUUUCCUGGAAAACCAAUGCGUUGAAGACGUGGCGGUACUGGCACGAAAAUAUCUGGCGCGACGACCAGGUCGCAGUCCUGCAUUACAUCGUCGAUAAGCCGUGGGUAGCGAGGCUGGAUGAGAAUGGCAAAGCAGGGUAUCUGGGUAAAGACGGUGUGACGCAUGGGUGGUGGUGGGAUGAGUUUGGCAAGUGGAAGGCGGAGAGGGAGAAGCAUGGGAAAAAAGAAUUGUUGGAGAUUGUGGGCAAGUAUGCGGCUAGAGAGGAUGGGCAGGUGGAUGAGGAGAUGAGGGCUGUGGGGGGUGGGGCGCAGGAUUUUGCGAAGAAGUGGCCUGCUAAGGAUGCUGAAGAUGCUGGUGGAGAUGAUAAGGGGAUGGGGGCUAAGGCGAAUGAACCCCAGUUGUCAGCGGAGGCACAAGAGAAGGCAGAGCAGUUUGGCAAGGUUGACGCGCCAAGUGGGAAGAUGUUGGGAGAGAGGGGGCAUGGACGCGUUGUCAGGGGUGGGAGGGGACUCGGGGGGAGAGGAAGGGGCGAGGGGUGGAGUGUUAUGCAGGAUUGA